GACAGGCGGCAACGUUUCUCAAACCAAACUUCGAUCACAUUUAGAAUUUAUUCUUAAAUCGUGAAUCAUCUUCUUACUUUUCCUCCACUGAACCCAGCAGGUGGAACUGCUUCAACCCAGUUUACACCGGUCUUUUGGUUAUCGGUCCGCGUGUUGUUAUUGGAGGUCAGUGGAUCCAGGUGAAACCAGCACACCGUCCAGAUGCUUUCCCCGGGCAGGACCGUCUCCUCCCGGCUGUUCAGGCCGGUCUCGUGGAUCCCACUCCGGCUAGCCUGUGACCAGAGAGCCGUCAGCACUCUGCAGAAAGAGUUGAUAAAGAAACAAGAACUGGACAAAGAUGAGCCCCGCCCCCUCUACAUGGACUUCCAGGCCACCACACCCAUGGACCCCAGGGUGCUGGAUGCCAUGUUGCCCUACCAGGUGAAUUACUAUGGUAACCCUCACUCCAGAACACACGCCUACGGCUGGGAGAGCGAGAGCGCCAUGGAGAAGGCCAGGAAGCAGGUGGCUGAUCUGAUUGGAGCAGAUCCCAGAGAGAUUAUCUUCACCAGCGGAGCCACCGAGUCCAACAACAUGGCCAUCAAGGGCGUGGCCAGGUUCUACCAGUCCAAGAAGCGGCAUGUGAUCACCACACAGACGGAACAUAAAUGUGUUCUGGACUCGUGUCGAAUUCUGGAGGCUGAAGGAUUCAACAUCACCUACUUGCCAGUCCAGACGAACGGACUGGUGGACCUGGAGCUGUUGGAGGCAUCCAUCCGCCCUGACACCUCUCUGUUGUCCGUGAUGACCAUCAACAACGAGAUUGGAGUCAAGCAGCCCAUCAGUGAGAUUGGUCAGAUUUGUCGUUCUAAAGGAGUCUUCUUUCACACCGACGCCGCUCAGGCUGUCGGAAAGAUUCCCAUCAACGUCACGGACUGGAAGGUUGAUCUGAUGUCCAUCAGUGGCCACAAGAUCUACGGACCCAAAGGUGUUGGUGCUUUGUACGUGCGCCGCCGACCCCGGGUGCGAAUGGAGCCGCUGCAGAGCGGGGGCGGGCAGGAGAGGGGCCUGCGUUCUGGCACCGUCCCCACCCCGCUGGCUGUUGGGCUGGGAGCCGCCUGCAACAUCGCCCAGCAAGAGAUGGAGUAUGAUCAUCAAAGAGUGUCCAUGCUGGCUAAUCGUCUGAUCCAGAAAAUCAUGGCCGGGAUUCCUGACGUCGUCAUGAACGGAGAUCCACAACAACGCUACCCUGGCUGUAUCAACCUGUCCUUUGCGUAUGUGGAGGGAGAGAGUCUGUUGAUGGCGCUGAAGGGUGCUCUGUCAUCUGGAAGCGCAUGUACGUCAGCAUCUCUGGAGCCAUCAUACGUCCUCCGAGCGAUCGGAGCAGAUGAAGACUUGGCUCACUCUUCCAUCAGGUUUGGUAUUGGCAGGUUCACCACAGUAGAUGAGGUGGACUACACCGCAGAGAAAUGUAUCCAGCAGGUCUCCAGACUCAGAGAGAUGAGUCCUCUGUGGGAGAUGGUUCAGGAAGGCAUCGAUCUAAAGAGCAUCAAGUGGUCGCAGCACUAAACUCUUCCCACUUCCUGUUUUGUUUCCUAGCUGACAGUGAUGAUAGUGAUGAUUCCCAAGGAGUUCUGGGAAUAGACCAGCUUUUCCUUCUUGUACACAAACACGCACAAACUUCCUGUCUGA